CAAGAUUUUACAAGAAUUAGAAUUUCCAAGAUAUUCAGCCAUCGUGUGUGUUUCGUUAUGAGAAAUUUAUAUUUAGUAGCUAUUGUCGCCACAAUAGCCAUCUUUUUUAUCAAUGGAGAAGCAGCCGUUCUUUCAGAAUGCCCAGGAAUAAAUGGAAAACUAUCGACUCAGGUUGCUGAUCCAAAUAAUUGCCAUAGGUUUUUCAAAUGCAACAUGGGAAAAAAGUUUUUGAUAGAGUGCCCAGAGUAUAAGGACGAAGUCACCUCAUACCAAUUGUGCUUUAACCCGGAAUUAGGAGUUUGUGAUUGGCCGGCGAAUGUAACCUGCUGCAAAGACUUGGUACCUGGAAGUACAGUUACACCUCCAACCCAACCAUCUAAAUGUAAACCAGGAGAGAAGCGAGCCUUCGAAGGCAGAUGUGAUCUUUAUUAUCUUUGCGUUAACGGGAACGAAAUCACAUCGUCCUGUCAGCCGAAUCAUUACUUCAAUCCAAAAAUAAAAGAUUGCGACAUUGCAGCUAAUGUGCCAAACUGCCCAUAA